AAAUCUCAAAAAACAAAACACUGUUCCCCGUCCCCAUUUUUUUCCGGGCAUAAACACGGGGCUCGUCCCGUGCUUGCUCGCCGCCGCCGGCGGGUCGUGCCGAGGCCGCCGCCUCUCCGUCCUCUGUUUCCCCGCCGCUGCCACCCAUAUAUCCCCUUCGCUUCUCCCCCGCGUCCGGUAUCUGUUGCGGGCGCCUCCUCAUCUCGCUUCUCCGCCGCCGGCGCGGUCUUCUACCCUUUCCGUGCUUCCCCGCCGCCACCGCCGCCGCCAUACCCAUCCAGAGCGACGGACCUCUUCAGCGUCUGCAGAUUCCUUCCUCUCUCGGUGUGACUAGGGCUUGGAAGGUACUUGUUUGGUCACACUCUCAGCGCUGACUGGUGGAAGGUGUUGUGGCGCUCUGUUGUCUGAUAUCUCUCUCGAAUCCAUAGCGAGAGCGUGGCUGCUGUUUGUACUUUUUUGAGCUGUGACGGAAUGGAGUGCAACAAGGAUGAGGCCCUAAGGGCAAAGGAAAUUGCAGAGAGGAAGUUCCAAUCCAGGGACCUGCAGGGGGCCAAGAAAUUCGCCCUCAAGGCCAAGGCUCUCUUUCCGGAUCUUGAAGGUAUUGUGCAGAUGAUCACUACCUUGGAUGUUUACCUCACUUCGGAGGUGAAGAUUGCUGGUGGGAAGGACUGGUACUCUAUCCUUUCCGUGGACAUGUCGGCAGAUGAUGAAACUCUGAAGAAGCAGUACAGGAAGUUGGUGCUUCAGCUCCAUCCCGACAAGAACAAGUCAGUUGGUGCUGAGGGUGCUUUCCAGAUGGUUCAAGAGGCAUGGACCGUGCUGUCUGACAAAACCAAGAGAGCGCUGUUUGACCAAAAAAUGAAAUUGAUUGCAAUGCAACAGAGGACAUCUCAAUCAAAUAAGACAAGUGCAGCCAAUGGCUUUGAACAUUUCGCAGCCAAAGCACCCGCUUCCAAGGCAAGUGCAAACAAAGAAAAGACAGGAUCAGCAACAUCUGCAGUGCGCCAGUGCCCGCCCCCGCCCCCACCCCCACAGCGCCCGCCUCCACCCCCACCCCCACAGCGCGCGCCUCCACCCCCACCCCCACAGCGGCCGCCUCCACCCCCACCCCCACAGCGGCCGCUUCCUCGCCAUCAGGCUGCUGCUCCAGCUCCACCUCCAGCAGCACAACCUACAUUUUGGACCUCAUGCAACAGGUGCAAGAUGAAUUUUGAAUACCUCAGAGAGUAUUUAAAUCGCAAUCUGCUUUGCCCUAGCUGCCGUGAGCCAUUCAUAGCAAAAGAGGUGCCGAUGCCACCACCUGAGGUUGUUCAGGCAGUACGUGAUUCAAACAUCCGUGGUGCAACUGAAGAUGCAAGCACUGGCAGAAAGUUUCAGUGGGGUCUGUUCUCAAGGACAGCUGGUCCAGCUAGUGCUACUGCAUCAUCUGCUGCUGGUGUUCAAGCUGCUAAUAUGGUUCAGCAGACGUAUGAGAAAGUCAAGAGAGAGAGGGAGGAGGCGCAAGCUGCAGCAAGAAGGGAAGAAGCUCUUCAGAGGAAGCACAAUCCUCUAAAAAGGAAAGGAAAUGUGUCCGAGAAUGUUAACCAUGGAAUGGGUGAUGUUGCAUCUGGAAAGAAGAUGAAAACUGUGGGUAACGAUGCUGGAGUUGGUUCUUCCUCUAUUCUCUCAGGUCCAUGGGCCAAUUAUGUUGGAACACAAGGUGGAACUAUACCAUUUUCAACCAACAGUGGAGCCUUUGAGUUUCAAGGUGCUAAUGGCGUGAUACCGAAUUGGAGACCCAGGCCUUCUACUCGGAUCAGCAUAACUAGGACUUUCUCUAAGAAGGAUAUUAGGAGCAUUUUGAUUGACAAGAUGAAGAGCGAUUUGAUGGAGAAUCUAAAGGAGAUAAGAAGUAAACCACUCCAAGUUACAGUUAAUGGAAAAGCUAGCGAGAAACAUGUGGUUAACGAACAUGUUGAGGGUAAUGAAACUCUUGCAUCAGAUGAUUCUACUGCAAACAAAGAUGUCUGUGCUGAUCCAGAGGAGAAAGGUUCUGCUAAUAGCGCAGAUGCUGAAAAUGAAGAUGACAACACUUUCUCCUAUACUGUUCCUGAUCCUGAUUUCCAUGAUUUUGACAAGGAUCGUACUGAGGAAUCUUUUCAGAGUGAUCAAAUUUGGGCUUCAUAUGAUGAUGAAGAUGGUAUGCCCCGUUAUUACGCAUACAUUCAGAAAGUUAUCUCCUUGACUCCAUUUAAGGUCAAAAUAAGUUAUCUUGCAUCGAGGACAAAUAGUGAAUUUGGACCAUUGAACUGGGCUUCUUCCGGCUUCAUAAAGACAUGCGGUGAUUUCAGGAUUGGUAAAUACGAAACCGUAGAUAUAAUCAACAUGUUCUCUCACCAGAUUAAAUGGGAGAAAGGUCCACGUGGGGUGGUCAAAAUUUAUCCGCGGAAAGGCGAUAUCUGGGCCUUGUACCGAAAUUGGUCCCCUGAUUGGAAUGGAGAUACUCCUGAUAAUGUGCUUCAUGUUUAUGAUCUGGUUGAGGUACAGGAUGAUUAUGAUGAAGAUAAUGGAAUUUCUGUCAUUCCCUUGAUUAAGCUCACUGGAUUUCGAACAGUUUUCCAGCAUCAUCAGGACCGGGAUGUCAUCAAGAGGAUUCCAAAAGGAGAGAUGUUUCGGUUUUCACAUCAGGUUCCCUUUUACAGGAUGUCAGGGGAAGAAGCUCCAAAUGUCCCCAAAGGUAGCUAUGAGGUAGAUCCAGCUGCUAUCUCUAAAGAACUUCUUCAGGGAAUCACAGAAACUGUGAAGGAGGCAGAGGGAACUUCUAAAUGCUGAUGCUGACUCGGUUAUGCCUUUGUUGACCUGCCGUUUUGAAUCAAAUAUUUGUUGACAUCUGCUAGUUUCUAUAGUUUCCUAGCCUUGACUAUCACCUUUGUAUACAGUUGUUGAUCUGGGGCUAGCCAUUCCUAAAUCAUCUUGUAUGGCAUCUGGGCAUGUGUCUUGUCAUCUCAAAACUUAAACAGUGAUGCUGAUAAUGUGAGUUAGAGACAUAGUCAUUUUGUAUGUCACAAAAACUUGGAAGUGCUGAUACUUCUACAAUAUGUUUUUCUAUCUCUAGCUGUAUGAGAAUGAAGAUUUUGCUAUUUUAUCUGGUUGCUCAA